AUGUCUCGCGUUGGAGUUUUAGUGUUAGGCCCCGCAGGCGCCGGUAAGACGACCUUCUGCAACAGUAUUAUUUCACACAUGCAAUCGGUUGGCCGCAGAGCGCACAUUGUUAAUUUGGAUCCAGCAGCAGAUGCCAGUGAAUAUGAGUUUACUGUUGAUAUCAGAGAUUUAAUAUCUUUGGAUGAAGUCAUGGAGGAGCUUAAUCUGGGCCCUAACGGUUCUCUUAUCUAUUGUUUUGAAUAUUUGUUGGAAAAUUUGGACUGGCUGGAUGAAGAAAUUGGCGAAUAUAAUGACGAAUAUCUUAUUUUUGAUUGUCCUGGUCAAAUUGAGUUAUACACCCAUAUUCCAGUACUUCCUAAGAUUGUACAUCACUUGAGAGAUCAGCUCAACUUCAACAUGUGCGUGACGUAUUUGUUGGAAGCGCCGUUCGUGGUAGAUACUUCAAAGUUCUUUAGCGGAGCAUUGAGUGCAAUGUCAGCAAUGAUUUUAUUAGAAUUGCCACACGUAAAUGUGCUAAGCAAGAUUGAUUUAGUCAAAGAUGAGUAUAAUAAAAGAAAGCUAAAAAGGUUCCUAAAUCCUGAUCCGAUGUUACUGGCGGACAACUCCAAUACAGAGUUAAAUCCAAGGUUCCAUCGGCUGAAUAAGGCAAUUGCAACUCUCGUCGACGAUUUCGGCAUGGUACAAUUUCUACCUUUAGAAGCAAAGAAUCAGGAUAGCAUUUCAACAAUUUUAAGUUAUAUUGACGACGUGACGCAAUGGGCGGAAGGCCAAGAGCCUAAAGAGCCUAAGGAUACGAUAGAAAUUGAAAAUUAA